UGCUUCCAAAACCUUAUCGUUGUCGUUGCCUCCAACAAAACAAUCGUCCCCGUCUCCCCGACCAUCAUCCAAUCGACACCCUAACUCCCUAUCCUCCUGACCUAAUUCACUCCCCUCCCACCCAAUAUUGAAUCGCCCUCAGAAGAAGAAUUCCCUUCAAUUCACUCCCCUCUCCUUCUCAAUCAGCGACCACGAGAUGUCCUGGUGCGACAACGAGAAACGAGGCGAGAGACGAUGGCGGAGUGUUUAGAUACAUUGGGGGUUUGGCAAUUCAAUUUUGGACACUCCUAUUGUCAGCCAAACGAAGAAGAAAGGCGGAUUUGAGAAGACACUGAAGUUCUAAAGAAUCCUUCCAUUUCAGUUCAUCAGGGAACAAUGGAGGACGGCAACUCCGACUCCGACUUCGACGUCAUCGAGAUUUCCCCGGCCUCCCUCCCGCCUUCCCACUUGGCCAGGAAGAGAAAACGUCAACAGGCUGUGCUCCUUGAAAUCAUUGAUGUCGAUGACAAAGAUGAUGUUGUGAUCCUGAAUGAGGACGAAGUUCGCAGCAAGUUCGCCCUUGACAAAGGGAAAGCUAUCAAGGAUGAUGAUAACGCUGUCAAUCUUGUUCAAAAUGAGGCCCUACAUACAAGCUUGUGGAAUCUUGAUGGAAAGGAAGACACAUUUUUCUAUCCCACUGAUUUUGCUUCUCUACAAUCAUCAUAUCCGAGUCUCGCGGCCACUGGAGUUGAGGCAAGCCAACCGAAUACGAAGAAUUCGCGGGGUUCAAAAUCAAGACAGAAACUACUUGGCAGUACCAAAUCCCUGGCCAAAUCUGCCAGCAAACAGAGUUUUCCAAUGAUGAGUACUAGUGUUGGACUUCGUCGACCGAAUAUGGACUGUAAGGAAAUUUUAAGGAAAUGGAAGCUCUUCAAGCAUUUCGAUCUUGUUGAAGACUAUUCAGACCAUUACUACAGUUGCCGCCGGUCUUCAUCGGAACAGAGGAAUGAGAAGAAGUGGGCAAAAGCAAUUCAAGACGAGUGGAAAAGGCUCAAGAAAGAUUUGCCAGAUACGACGAUAUAUGUGAGGGCGUACGAGUCGAGGAUGGACCUGCUGAGGGCCGUGAUCGUUGGGGUAGACGGAACUCCUUACCACGACGGUCUCUUCUUCUUCGACCUGUUCUUCCCCGAUCUCUAUCCAGAUGUUCCGCCGGAAGUCCACCUCGAUGAUGAUGAUUCUCUCUUGUUAAACCCAAUUUUCAACCACGGAUAUGUGUGCCUCAGCCUUCUCUAUCGACGAAUCGGUGGUAUCGACGAGUUCGAGUAUUGGCAGCCUGGGGUUUCAAGUGUGAUGCAGAUUCUGCUUUCGUUGCAGGCAUUGGUAUUGUGUGAAAAACCCUUCUACACUGAUAGUUUUGAUGAUAUGACGGACUAUGAGGGUAUAACGGACGAUGAUGAUAUAACGGACGAUGAGUAUACAAUGGAGGAUAUGAUCACCACCAUAUUCCGCCCAAAAAAAGAAGGGAAAAAAGAAAAAAAAGAGUGCAUCUACUCCCUGCAUUACAUCAUUGUAUUCCUCGAAUCACUCCAGCUAAUGGUUCGUACAAUGAGGAAGCCACCAAAAAAUUUCAAGGAGUUUGUGAGGGGACAUUUCCACAGUCGGGCCAAGGGGAUCGUGGCGGCGUGCAAAGCGUACAUGUCCGGCGUUCAAGUCGGCCGGUGGUGUGUGGUGAAGAACGGCGAGGGCGCCGGCGGAGGAGUCGGAUCCGGUAAGAGUUGCCGGCCGGAGUUUAGGGAUUCCUUAGCUAAAGGAAUGGACGAGCUGAUGAAAGCGCUUGCCAAGAUUGGAGUAAAAAACUUCGACUAAUUUUUAAGAUUUGCAUGUGUGAAAAUCAGUUUAACGAUUAUGUUACUCUAGUUCACUAUUCAGUAAGGUUGUCAACCCGGUUUAAUCUAUUGCCCGAUCGAGUGGAUUGAGGAUUAAUGGUUCUUUCGUUUUUGUACGGAUGGAUAUAUGAAAAGAAUCAUUAUAUUGUUCAUAUUUGUAUAAAUUAUAUCCAUUCUCAUC